AUCUGAUUCGCCAGGGCUGCCCGGGUGACGCGUCCCCUUCCACCUCAGCUGCCUGUGGUGUGCGGCGCCCUCUGAGUAACGGCCGCGUUGGACGUGCGGUCACGUGGUGAGGGGGAGGAGCCGCCGCUGAGGGGCUCGGUGCCGUACAGACUCCAGCGCAGCACACGGGUGUACGGCCCGAGCUUCUAUUCUUAGUGACGGCUCCGGAGAUGCCGGCGAGGAUGCGACAAGAGGCCGGGGAAAGAUGACGAAGCGGCUGCCUGUGAUAUGCUGCUACCUCCUGAUCUCCUUCUUCUGGUUUCCAUCUGGCCAAGUAUUUUGCAAUGAGGACACUGUUCUUCCUGCUGCCGAGGUCACUCACAAUAAUGAAGUUGCAAUAAAUGAAGAUGACCCUGCCACGAAAAAGGAGGAAAAGGAGCAGCUUAAGAUUCUAGAUAUUGUAGACUCUAAAUUACCGGUCCCAACAGGAGCAGAUGAUCUAUUAGAAGACUGCACAAAACAUGUUGAGGACAAACAACCAGAGCAGGUGCUAAAUGUACUGCUUGGCGACGCAGACAUUAAAGACCUGGAGAAAGGACCUAUGAACUUGGUUACAAAUGUUGAAAACAUUUCUAGUUCGUCUACCUCAGAGAUCACUCCUGUCCCACAGACUGAUGUGGUAGAAGCAUCCAGUGCCGCUCUCCCUCUAGUCAGCUCUAGUGAAGUUGAGCAGUCAGAACCUGACUGUGACAUGGGGGGGGCAGUAGAGGUUGAGCCUCAGAGGGAACCCUCCUUUAUCAAUCCAUCAGCAAGUUUUGUGAAUGAACAUGUUGAAAACAUCUCCGUUCCACACAUCAAGAAAACGGUGACCUCAUCAGAAACUGAUUCUGUUUCUGUGACUGACACCUCGGAAACUGAAGAAGGAAAGCCGAAACCACCCCUCAAUGCUACACAAGAGUUACACCAAGCAAUGACCAACAACAAGGAGGCAACUGGAGGUGACCCAUCUGCACCUGGGAACACAAAGGACCCUGUUGACAUUCCAACCUUUGAUGAAUGGAAGAAACAAGUCAUGGAAGUAGAGAAAGAAAAAAGCCAGUCGAUGCACCCUUCUGUCAAUGGGAUACAGCACACUGUAAAGGUCCAAAAGAAUAGAAACAAUUACGCUUCUGUCGAGUGUGGGGCAAAGAUACUGUCUGCUAAUCCUGAGGCCAAGAGCACAUCUGCCAUACUUAUAGAAAACAUGGACCUGUACAUGUUAAAUCCUUGUAGCACAAAGAUCUGGUUUGUUAUUGAACUCUGUGAACCCAUCCAAGUGAAGCAGCUUGACAUUGCAAACUACGAGCUCUUCUCGUCCACUCCGAGGGACUUUCUGGUUUCUAUUAGUGACAGGUACCCCACAAACAAGUGGGUAAAACUGGGUACUUUCCAUGCAAGAGAUGAAAGAACAGUCCAAAGUUUUCCUCUUGAUGAGCAGAUGUAUGCAAAGUAUGUCAAGAUGUUCAUCAAAUACAUUAAGGUGGAACUGAUCUCUCAUUUUGGAUCCGAACAUUUUUGCCCAUUAAGUCUCAUAAGGGUUUUUGGUACCAGCAUGGUGGAGGAGUAUGAAGAAAUAGUUGACUCCCAGUACCACUCGGAACGGCCAGAAAUAUAUGAUGAAGAUGAAGAUUAUCCAAUCGACUAUAACACCCGAGAUGAUAAAGCUUCGAAAAAUCUGCUUGGUUCUGCUACAAAUGCCAUUCUUAGCAUGGUGAAUAAUCUUGCAGCUAACAUGCUGGGUGCGAAUACUGAGGAUGAAAUCACUGAAGGGAAAGUUUUGAAUGGCAGUGAAACCAAAAAUGUUACUGCAGAAUCUUCAGAUGCAGAAUCUUCAGAUGCAGAAUCUUCAGAGGCAGGUACAACGAAGGCCCUUGAGCAAACUAUAACUCCAACAGCAACGUUGGAAAUGGAGACUGUGGAUCCUCCUGCUGUGCCCAUACCUGAACCAGAUGCUCAAAAUGAAAAUCCAAUUGUUCAGUUAGUUCAAGAGGAAGAGGAUGAACAGCCAAGCCAGUCAACUGUGACUCUUUUGGGCAGUGAUGACCAGGAAGACGAAAUAGCAUCAUGGUUUGAGUCUGAGACCCAAAUUUACUGUGGUGAAUUGGCAACCAUCUGCUGUGUAUCCAGCUUCUCUGAAUAUCUUUACAAAUGGUGUUCAGCUAUCGUGGCCAUUCAUAGACAGCGUACUAAAACUGAAGAGUACAGACGUAGAGAAGAAAAUUACACCCAAUCCAUUUUGCAAUCCUUAGUAAGCCCAACUGUUACUGAGACCUUGGCUGAACCGUCCGAGAGCAAGAUUGCAGAUGGCACAACUGACUUUAUUUUGGUAAUUCCAGGAGACUCUUUACAAACCGGCACUUCAAAUAAAAUGAUUGAGUCAGUCGACUUGGAACCUAGUCACACACAGGCAGUUUCUCAGCCUCCUCCUGUACAUGUGACAGCAAGUGAAACCCUUUCAUCUACUAUGUCUCUUUCAGAGGCCACCACAAUGGAAGACAGCCCCACUCCUAGCUUGUUGUCUUCAGAUGCUGUUCAGGAAGAAACAAAGGAGCUGAAGACCAGCGAGACUCUGAUUUAUACUGAUAAGCCCACUGUACACUUGGAGAAUAGCAUUAUGACAGAUGUUGUAGACAGUACUAUCAAACAAAGUGUUGACUUCACUAAUAUUAUUAAAGCUACAGAGACUCUACAAGGUCAGGAAACUACCACACCUCCUGUGGAGGGUGAAUUGGAAGCUAAAGAAACACUAACGCCUGUGAUUAUGCAAGCUGUUGAAAGCCCACCUGUGGUGGAGAAAAAGGAAGAAGACCAAGUUAUAGAUGAUGUCUCUAUUGUCAGUAGUAUGCACAGAACCACUACUGAUUUUUAUGCAGAACUUCAAAAUUCUACUGAUCUGGGAUAUACCAAUGGAAAUCAAGUACAUGGUUCUAACCAAAAGGAGUCUGUCUUUAUGCGUCUCAAUAAUCGCAUUAAAGCUCUUGAAGUGAACAUGUCUCUUAGUGGUCGCUAUUUGGAAGAGCUUAGUCAGAGAUACCGAAAACAAAUGGAAGAAAUGCAGAGAGCUUUUAACAAGACUAUAUUAAAACUUCAGAACACUUCAAGGAUAGCAGAAGAGCAGGAUCAGCGUCAAACUGAAUCCAUUCAACUGCUGCAAGCUCAACUCCUCAAUAUGACCCACUUGGUUUUAAAUUUGUCUGCAACAGUCACUGAACUAAAACGGGAGGUGUCUGAUCAGCACAGUUAUUUAGUCGUCUCAUUGAUUUUAUGCAUAGUUUUGGUGUUAUUAAUUUGUUUACUACGCUGUAAAAACUCAUCACAGUUCAACGAUGAUUGCCUAUCAAAAAUACCUAAAAGCAAUAACUACCCAAGCCCCAAACGGUGUUUUUCUUCUUACGAUGAUAUGAAUCUUAAGAGAAGAACCACAUUUCCCCUCAUCCGUUCUCAGUCAUUUCAACUAUCCAGUAAAGAAGUGAAUCCUGAUGAUUUGUAUAUUGUGGAACCAUUGAAAUUUUCUCCAGAGAAAAAGAAAAAGCGUUGCAAAUAUAAAACGGAAAAAAUUGAGACAUUAAAACCAAUGGAUCCUUUAAAAGCACUGCCAAAUGGGGACAUUAAGGCAAAGAAAGACUUCACAAACCAGAGAGACUUCUCAAAUAUGGGAGAGGUGUACCAUUCUUCCUACAAAGGGCCACCUUCCGAGGGCAGCUCUGAGACCUCUUCCCAAUCAGAGGAGUCCUAUUUUUGUGGCAUCACAGCCUGCUCAGCCCUUUGUAACGGACAACCUCAAAAGACUAAAACUGAAAAAAGAGCCAUUAAGCGCAGGCGCUCAAAACUUCAGGACCAAGGAAAGUUCCUCAAAACCUUAGCACAGACUAAAUCUGGGUCCAUGCCCAGUCUGCAUGACAUCCUCAAAACUAACAAAGAGUUGACUGUGGGAACUUUUGGGGUUACGACAAUUUCUGGUCAUCUCUAAUUAUUGCAGGGUACAGUAUCAUUGUGUGCGUGUUUUUUCCCCUCUAUUAUUACAUAGAGGAAGGAUCGAUCUUAUGAUUUAAGGAUUAAAUGCACAACUUGCCUAGAUUGAGCUGUUCUUGGAAAAACGUGGAUCAUCUUCAAUUCCAGGACAUUUUAGAUAAGGAAAUGGAGUAUAAAUUUUUCCCUCUGGAAAUCAUUAAAUAGGAUUAGAUUCUA